AAGGUCGAUGUUGGUACCAUGCACCAUUUGCAAAAUGGCGGCAUCUACUGACUACGUAUUUUAACAUAAUAUUAAUCUCAUAAGUGUUCGUGGUAAUUUUGUUAAUUAAAUUAGUUUACUGCGUUGUAAUGUUUAUAAAAGCAUAGUGUGAAGAAAUAUGACCGUAGAUAAUUUAAUGUCAUGAACGAUAUGUUCAGUUUUGACACUUAAAAUGUUAUUUGUAUGUGGGCUGUUUAAUAGAAAAAUUCGAUUUAUCCUUCAAAGAAAAAUUUGUCUUACUCGGUGCCAUUAUGAGACACAUUAUGAAGUUCUUCAGCUUCCAAGGAACUGCACGCAAAAAGAAAUAAAAACAGCCUUUAUCAAAUUAUCGAAGCAGGUGCUCCCAGCACUAUCUUCUGACAAACAAAAUCACUUACCGUUUCGUGACAAAUCCUUCUGGGAAAAUCGUGAUCGAUCUAAUGAUGCUGCGAAUAUGCAGAAGCCCUACUAUGGCAUCAAAGGCAUAAAGAGAGUCUCAAACUCAUGGAUUUUGACUUGCUUAAUGUUGUUCAUGCUUUUUGGUGUUGGCUUGCAAGCAUAUCUCAUCAACAAGUCGAUGGUGUUCUCUCGAAAGGCUCUGGAGGAUGAAACCAGUCGCAAUGCAGAAAUCCUUCGGCGGUUGCGUCAGAGGGCGCAGGAAAGCGACGGGGAUAGUGCGGUAUUGGAACGGUUGCAGAGGAAUUCUGAUGCCUGGAGAGCACUCAGGGGCAAAACAACUGAAGUGAAAACUGAGUAGCCUCACUACGUCUAUUUUAUGGUAGAGUGAGAAUUUGUUUCUUAUCAUGCUAUGGUAAGUAUUAAUCAUGGUUGUAUUAAAUGGUCCAAAUAAAUGUGCACUCUGUUAUUAAUGAACUGUAUAUGAGCUUUACAAUUCCUAGUGCAGGAUGCUGAGCAAACUCAAUGUCAAUACAUCACUGAUAUCCGAAUAUUUUUCAAGUUGUUUUGCAGAGUGAUUUUGAAAAUGAACAAGGAGUGUUAAGAGAUCAGAGUCAUUUUUAAAUAUAUCUAGAAUUCUCAACAGGUUCUAAAAAUAAUUUAAAACAAUGAAAUAAGAAAAUAAAUUAAGAAUAAAAUUCACCUACCAACUUCACACUAUGUACCACGAAAUGGUACCAAGAGUAUUAAUUGUAUUAAUGCUCGUAAUAAUUUUAGUAGAAAGUGAGGGAUUAAGACAUUUCUUUAUAUAGUCCCUGAAAAAGUUAUGGCAUUUUGGUAGGUAGGAUAUGUUGACACCUUGCUAAUGUAAUUGCAAUUUGGGAACAUUAAUGUUCAAAAAAGAUAGGUCUUGUUUAAUAAAGACUUGCAAGAAAUUAACUUUUAUCAGGAAAAGUUAACACAAAUCGGAUUCCUUUUAUCUCCAUUAAGAAGAUGUGGAAAUUCCUUUUUCUCAAUAACUGAUUUAUGUAAGAAUGAUUUGUUGUUAAGACUCUUCUAUAAUAUUAAAAUUUAAAACAACCAUUAUCUGAAACAACAGUGGUAAAGUUUUGAGUGAACGGUUUGGAAUAAAUUUGAGCGGACUUUUUUAGUAACUAACCUUUAGUUGUGUUUAAACACAUUUUCACUAAGUGAUCAACUUGCUGAUGUGAUCAGAGGUGUUUUGCUAUGCUAAAUUUGUUUUGUGCACGUUUGAGUAAAACUGGAAAAUUUGUGAAUAAUGAUUUUAUCAAUUGUUCCAUUUAAAACAAAAACAAAAUUAUUGUGAUUGAAGAAUGUAAUGAAUGACUAGAGAUUCAAUGGUAAUAAAUAUUUCAUAUUUGUAUUUCAUAAGUACUCAAUUAAAAGGCAAUAGAAAAGGUUGUGAUUAAAAUAACGUUUUUUCCUUCUAGGCUUGUAACGUGGAAUGGUGAAUAUUGCAUUGUUGGAACAGGACAGUUGUGCUUUCAUGACAAGUGGACUUUUGAUAUAAAAGCAAUUGUUUUUUGCCUGUUUUCUGGAAGCAUCCAAAAUGUAUAAAACUUGAUGUAAAUAGCAACUGAAAAUUGUAAAUAGAGAGUUUUAUUUUUGGGAAUAUUUUUAUUUUUUCCCCCUAAAGUAAUUUUUGAAACUGUCCAUGAACAGAGUUCAAACCUUUUUAUUCUCUGAAAACUUUGGUGUACUUGACAAAGGAGAGUGGAGAAACAAUUGUUGGUAGUUAUCCACAAGAUGCAUAAGUGUUCGUGUAGUUGCUCUGGUGUUCAUUCAUUCAAGUAGCAGGAGUCAUAGAAAAUUGUUAUUUAUUGUUAAAUAGUUAUGUUGGUGUUCUGCAUACACCAUUGACACAAGAUAUUUCAUAUAUCCUCUUAGAAAUUAGCAUUGCUUUGUUGCUUCAUUUAUCUUAUCUCAGGAGUUUCUUGUAACAUGGAGAUUGUUUCACAAGUCAUUAAUCAGUUCCAAUUAAUUAUGAGCAAUAAAUGUGGUGUCACUGAUUAAUGGCUUAUCUCAUGACUACAGGUCCAUCACCAACAUUUGGUCAUAUUUAAAUGUAAAUUUUCCACCAAGAAUUAUUUUUAGCACUCAGCAGUACAUAAUGUUUCUAAUAAAUAGUUGUAAUUUCAAAAUGGCCACAAUGAGUAUGAUAAAAGAGCCAACAUUAUUAUCAGAGGUCUUAGUGCUGAGUGUUCACUAGCAGAGGGAUUCAAGUGUACCUGUGAGGAAGCAUUGCUCAACAAACUCAUGAGGAUCCCUGCAGUUUGCCAAAAGGGCGUGCUGAUCCAAGUCUAUUAAACUGGAUGGAAACAGUGGUGUUUGAAACUCCAUAAGUUUUUCAGCAACGUGGUGCGUUGGUCCUAAGAAGCCAUUUGGCGCAAAACUGGACAUGCGUUGAUGUUAAAAGGGUCUUCAACAACUCUAGAAGUCCAAAUGUCUGCCGUUGCGGCAGUCACUUAAGAAUGAGGUUGAAGGCUGUUCAAGCUAAGAGGAGGUACUUCAUGUACCACAGGAAAUAAUUUUUGUAAUUAUUUGCUAAUAACAUUUGUUUUUAAAGAAUAUGUUCAUUUUGUUUGGAUUUCGGUUACACACAC